ACGUCAUUUCCUCAAAUACUUAUCCAAGCAAGCAAAGGCAUCCUUAUUAUAGAGAUCCACAAUGCUCCUCAAGACUUGCAUCCCUUCCACCAUAACCACCACCACUACUUCCUUCUCCAAACCCUCUUCUCUUCUUCCCUCCUUUUCCAAAAACCUCCACAAAGUUUCCACUUUUCCACAGACUUCCAAAACCCCAUCUCUUUACUCUUCACCAAAAAUGAGUUGGCUCAACAAAUUAGGUUUGGGUGCUCGUGCUGGUGCUGAUACCACCCCAAUUGACUCUUCUUCUUCAUCUGCAAUUCCACAAGGACCUGAUGAUGAUAUCCCUGCACCAGGCCAACAAUUUGCACAAUUUGGUGCUGGUUGUUUUUGGGGUGUUGAAUUGGCUUUUCAGAGAGUGCCUGGUGUUACAAAGACUGAGGUUGGGUAUUCACAAGGGUAUUUGCAUAAUCCUACUUAUGAAGAUAUAUGCUCUGGGACUACUUUUCAUUCUGAGGUUGUUCGAGUUCAGUAUGAUCCUAAGGAGUGUAACUUUGAUUCCUUGCUUGAUGUUUUUUGGGAUCGGCAUGACCCUACCACCCUCAAUCGACAGGGUAACGAUGUUGGCACCCAAUACAGGUCUGGAAUUUACUUUUAUACACCUGAGCAAGAGAAGGCAGCAAUAGAAGCACGGGACAGACAGCAAAAGAUAUUGAACAGGAAUAUUGUUACUGAAAUCUUGCCUGCUAAGAAAUUUUACAAAGCUGAGGAAUAUCAUCAGCAGUACCUCGCAAAGGGAGGUCGUUUUGGUUUCAGGCAGUCUACUGAGAAAGGUUGCAAUGAUCCCAUCCGAUGCUAUGGUUAAGGCCGUUCUAUUUGUAGGAGGAAGAAAAAUGGAUUUCCUGUUUGUUAUUAUAAGCUAUGGUUGUUAAUAGGCUUUGAAAUUGUGAUUUUAUACUAAGUGUAUUUAUUUAAUUGACACCUUAUAUACUUUACAGGAAAUAGCAAACGGUAUAUUAUUGUA